AUGUCGUGCUUCAACUUCCGGCUUCCUCCGGCCAAGAAGGCAUGGAAGAGCUUCACCAACAAGCUCCGAAGCAAGCUCCACAAUCCAAAACCCAUGAAGUUUCAUCCACCCAAACACAGCUCCACCGCUCUCACUUUCACCACCAAACCCUACGGAGCAAUCACUCCUUUCCUCCACAAGUCCAAGCACCGGAAGAGCAAGCAACAACGAGGCAGCGGCGGCGGCCUGGCCCGUGCUCUGCUGCCCUUCAAGAGAAAGGGCGGCCGCGGCCGCCUCCGGCUGCACUACUUGAACAAGAGUUGUGCCGCCCCUGUGUUCGUCGACAACCUCUUCAAAGUGGAGCCACCGAACAGCAACGUGACGGAGGUUGUGAUAACUCGUCACUGCUGUGGGACGUCGAGUGGGAAGAGCACGGUGGAUGCUAAGGCCAACGGAGAAGCUGAUGAUGACGAUGAUAUGUGGGAGUCGAUGGGAAUUUCAUCGCCUCUGAUGACGGGGAUCGACGAGAGAGCUGAAGAGUUCAUUUCCAGCUUCCGCGCGGAGAUGCAAGUCCAGGAGAGGAUCGCCCGUACUUUGUAG